UCCUCAGUCUUUCUUCCACCGAGUUCUGACCUCAGGUCCCUUCAGCACGUCCGACUGUUUGUUUUUCUGGACAAUAGUGCCAAUCUAAACCCGACCUGACCUUGUUUUGGAGUCUGGAUUAAUUCAGAAGAGAACAGAAGAGUGUAAAGCUGGUUUUCUGAGCAAAAAUAAAAAAGCCACAGCUGGACCAAAACAUUUCCAGUCGAGUUCUCUGGAAAAAAGCAGGUGUUCACUCUCUCUCCGCUGAAGAUGGCCGACGCCUUCGGGUUCUCCGACUUCUCGAACGGCGCCGAGGCCGAGGAGGACCCGGCCGCAGCCUUCCUGGCGCAGCAGCAGAGCGAGAUCGCCGUCAUCGAGAACGAGGCGGACGGGCUCGGAGUGGCCGAAGGAACAGAAACUGUGGAUUUUACAAGCUGCCCGUCGUCUUUUGUUGAAGCAGAUGCAUUUGGAGGAGCUCCCACCACAGCAGUAAACGGAGACAUGUUUCAGGACUCCAAUGGUGAAGCAGACAGCUAUGCAGCCAUCUCCCAGGUGGACCAGCAGAGGCAGGAGCCCGAAAGCUUGCGCAAGUGGCGUGAAGAACAGAAGACCCGGCUAGAGGAGCUGGAUUCGGCCUCUAAAGCUGCAGAAGCCGAAUGGAAGGAGAAGGCAAAGAAGGAGCUGGAGGACUGGCACUUGCACCAGCAAGAGCAAAUGGAAAAGAAUAAAACCAACAACAGGAUCGCUGAUAAGGCUUUCUACAAACAGCCCAACUCUGAUGUGAUAGGCUUUGUAGCGUCCGAAGAUGCCUUUCUGAAGGAGUGCGAUGACGACAGUCCCGGCUCCGAGUGGGAGAAAGUGGCCCGGCUGUGCGACUUCAACCCCAAGACGAGCCGCCAGACUAAAGACGUGUCCCGAAUGCGGUCCGUCCUCAUUUCUCUCAAACAAACGCCUCUGGUCCGCUAAGACCUCGUCCCUCUGCUGCAUCUCGCCUUUUUCUCCCUCUCCCUCUCGCACUUUACUUUAGUACGAUUAAACACACUAAUUAUUUGGAUUUUGUUUUUAACAGCGUCACUCAAGAUGUAUGAUAUAUUUAAACAUUGGGCCUGUUUCACCCCAUCGUUUCUACUGUAUCAAAAACAACAACAAAAAAAAGCCUUUUCCCACGUUUUUCCAAGUUUGCCUGUUUUUAUAAUAGAAGGAAUGAUUGUGCCUCCAGUGUAGGGAAGUAGAGGAUUGUUAAAAGGAAAAACUGUAGCUGAAACUGCAGUGCAGUGGUUUGUCCUUCCAGGUUGGUGUGAUGUUUGAUGAUUGUCGUCUUUAGUGGUGUGACCCUCAGGCCACCACGGAGCGUUAUGUCUCUGCUUUGGUUAUAGCAGUUCUCUCCAGCUGGGAGAACUUCACAGAGCAGGAUUUCUUGGUUAACCAGAUAACUUAAGCCUGGAGUCAAGCCUGUCCAGAAGGAAAAGGGGUAAAGGAUAUUUGGACAGUCCUGACUUUGGGCUCAGAAUUCUUGUUUUGUCAAAUCCCCCUCCCCAAGCCACACUUAUCUACCUGAUUCCUUGAGACUUCAUGCAGGGUGACCAGACGCUCGAGACGCUUCCGCCUCUCGAGUCAUUUUGUUACAAAGGCACAGAUUUAGAAGUUGACACCUUUCAUAAAGCAAGUUUGUUUCCAAAAAAGAAAAAUCCUGUCCUUCUGUUGUUUCAUGACCAGCAUUCUGGGGCCUUUCUCACAAAGCACGUUUAACUUAGGGUUCCUGACUAAAUGCCAGCUUCAAAAAAACAAUCACGUUUCUAUCAUUUUACAACUUUGUUUUUUAAUACAGGUUGCGAUACUCCGACUAUGAGUAAUCAGCAAGUGUGUACGCUUAAAAGUGUGAUGUUUAAAUCAUAUGAAACAAGUGGCUUAUUUUCGAAGAUUGAAAGAAACAUCAUACCAAGUUGGUAUGUACAAAUAAAAGAAUUUUUAAAUGAUAAAAAGCAGUUAAUAGUAGCUUUAUAUUCUACAUUUCUUUUGCUAAAAUGCAUUGUUUUUCAUGUCAUCGACAACACAGGCAUCACAAAGAAAUCAAAAAUGAGCCAAAACGUCUGUCGUAGAGCUGUUUAUGAUCCGAAAUCCAAAACUUAAGCUGCUGUAAAGCAGGUUAGGUAUACAGUCGCCGUGGUGAUGUAGCCUGGUAAGAAGUGAUCCAUCCACUGUCAUGAAAAUCCAAGGUUAGAUUGAACUAAGCCUAAAGUUAGCUGGUUAAUAGAGAACUCCUGCUUUGUGAGACAGUCCCCUUGGCUGGUAUUGUGUGUUUUUAUUAGUGAUGCAUCGAUACCAAUUUUUUAAGACCAAGUACGAGUACAUGCUUUUAAGCACUUGCCGAGACCAAUUCCGAUACUGUACUGAGGACCGUACUUAAGUAGUUGUUGGUUUAAAUGAAAUUAAAUUAAAUUCCAACGGUAAAAUCAUUAAAAUCUGGCUGGUUUUAAAUGAAGUGCAUUGGCUAGAUAUGCUAUGAGCAGCGUUGCAGUGGCUUUCGUUCUGUGUCAGAAAAGCGCUUCUGUACAGCUGUAAGUAAAGUACAUUUCAUAGUUUUGAUCCUCAUCUGUCUCUUUCAACGAAUGUAGCACAGCGACAGCAGUUGUUGGAGUCUUUUGUUUGGCUGGUUGAGCUGUAGUUUAAUGUCCUCUGAAGCCACAUGUACACUGUGUGUGUACUAGACUUAUGUCACAUGGUAUCAGUUUGUAUCGGCUGUUGAUAUCGGUGCAUUUUAUGAAUACAAGUAAGAUUAAAUGACCGCAGUAUCGGGCCAAUCCCCGGUACCAGUAUUGGUUUCGAUGCAUCCCUAGUUUUCGUUUAAUUAAUCUUGCUUCAUUGUGUGUAAAGAGGGAUUUCCGUUACAGAAUUACAGCACAACUUUCUUUUUCCCAUGCUAUUUUGACAAAAGCAACAUUUAUCUUACAAAUAUUUAACAGUGCAAGUUAACAAAUUCCAAACCUUUAUUUCUUUAUUUAUUGGUGGUCUUGUUUAUACAAUUAACCUACUGUAUAUUGGUUAUAUUCCUAUGAUUGAGCUGUAGCAGGUUUGACUUGGCUUAAUUAGUAAAUCCAUCUCAUCACAUUUGAGAUGUAAUUAGUUUGGCAUGUGUUAAAAGUGUUACUGAUGUUGCCCUUCGUUAUCAUUCUUUAUCUUACAGCUUUGAGGCCUUUUUACGAUGACAGAUUGAAUACUGUUACUUGCCUUUCGAUUUACCAGUUCUGUUGCACAGUACGACAGAUUGUGGUUGACUGGCUGCCAAAGAGUCCAUCAGUAUGUCCAUGCUUGACUAUUCUAUCUUGACAGUUUUCCAGACAUGGGCUAGUUAAAGGGGAGUUCCACCAAUUUUUCACCAAUAUGUAAGCAAAGUCUUUCAGGGUGAUUAGAUGUAGUUCUCUGUAGAGAAACCUACCAGUUGUUAACGGUGGUGGUAGAAACCAGGGGUUGUGAUGUCUACAACACAAAUCUAGCUAUUAUAUUUGCUAUCUAAGAUGACCAGUUGAGUGUUUUGUUUUAAAUUGAUAAUAGUAAAAGUGGCAAAGUAUUAUUUGGCCUUACACAGACCCUGUAUGUACCUCUCCAUCAUGAAUAUAUAUUAAAAAAAAUACGUUUUACACCAAAACCAUGUCAUACUAUAAUGAAACAGUAUCUCAGGCAUCAGGCAGCGUAUUCAUAACUGUUUCUUUCUGUGUUUGGUCCUUAUUAUUAUGAACAGUGAGCGUCUCUAAAACAGAGCAUUUCACAUCAAAUACAUUUAUAGAUACAAUAAUUUACCUUUGUACGUCUUAAUGGUUCAGUUAGGUUCAACUGUUUUUACAGGUGGUGGAAUUCCCCUUUAAAAUUAGGCCUCAGCUACCAAGCAGUUAUGAUGGAAAAGACACCUUUAAUAUAUGCUUAAUCUGUGUCUGGACAGUCAUGAGUUUUCUCCUCAGUUACUGACUAGAGGCUGUUUAUCACUUUCAGUAGACAGUAGUUCAUAGUUUUUCCAGGAAUUGUAAUGAACGCCUUUCUGAAAUGUUCUUAUCUGCAUAUGAAGAUGUGCUGUUGGGCUUAGAAAUAAAGACCAUGCAAUACUGAAAUGUACAACUCAAUAAAAAAAAAGGAACUUUU